GGGGGCCACCCUGUAUUGAAACAAAUACGUGUUUUUGACGUAAUUUGGACCGGAAUAUUGGAAAUGGUAGUCGGAACAUCCUGUAUAUACCGUAAUUCAAGUUAAGUCAUUUAAUUUUUAUUAGCUGUGCUUUGUGAUAAAGUCAAAAACCAGGGUCAAAACGCAUAUAUAACGGAACAUCUUUUUGCCGGUCAGGUGUAAAAAGUUAUUACACGACAAAAAGUAAUUGUUUUUGCGAAAAACAAUGCCACGUGCGAGAUGAGCAAUGCAGUUGUAAAUCAACUCGGGGGACGAGAGCGGAGUUUCGAGUAUCGCCGGGGAACAACGAGGUUGACUUAAUUAGUGGAAGAGGAUUCUCUUUGAAAUAGCUGGGAUUAAGUCAAAGCGACUGUCCCGAGGUUUUUUGAAAGAAAGAGUAAAGUAUGUGACGCUAUUUUGUACCGGUAGUCUAGCAGGAUGUGAUUUUAUUGAAAAAAAAGAACAAGUUUGUCGUCUUCAUGUAACAAAGUAAUCUGGAAACAAGUUUGAUUUUAUGAAUAAGUUUGUUACUCAUGUAAUAUCGGGUUUAAAAGUUUUAUGAAGAAUAAAGAAAUAAUUGUAUACAAGAAACGAGCAGUCAUAAAUUUAAGUGUUUGAUGUGUUCGACUCAGUUUUGGCGUUUUAAAAGUGAGUUAUGAGAAGAAUCUGUCAGAUUCGUAUGAAAGUGGGUGUUUUCCCGAUCAUCACAUUUUUGAUGCGUCCUUGUAGCUUGACUCAAAUAAAAAUUUAAUACUCGUCAAAAAAUGAUGCUCUAUUUAAAAAAUAAACAAAAAAAGAUUUAGCUAAUUUGAUCAAAUGGCCUCCUGUUAACCACUGUAAUCACUAGAAUAAUAUCACCUAUUCAGUUUCUGGCUACUUUGUUUAUUUAAUUGUAUGUCAUUUAUCACAUUGUGAAACCUAGCCAUGAUAACCAAACCGAACUUUAAGUAUUAUAUGUGAACUUUGAAACAAAUAUUUCAAUUAGUAACUAAAUGAUUGCAAAGGAAAUAGUUAUUUCAGUCCCUUGGGGGAUCAUAUCGGGUAGAACAUGGGGAAAUGAAAGGGACCCCAAAAUAUUAAUGCUUCACGGUAGAUUUGACAAUAUUGAAUCUUUUGCUGAAUUAUUGCCGCUGCUGCCACAAUCGUAUUUUUACAUAGCCGUCGACCUUCCCGGUCAUGGAACCUCGAGUCACUUACCACCCAAUGUGGACUGUGGGUACUGGGAUUUCAUCAUGGCGAUACGCUUAGUUGUAAAUUUCCUGAAAGAAGGUACUAAUAUUAUUCUCUUGGGACACAGUUUUGGUGGAGGUCUGCUGCUGACGUAUACUCAGCUUUACCCGGAAGACGUCUCCAAAUUAAUUCUGAUUGAUGCUAACUAUUUUCGUUCAUUUGAAGCCCAAGUCUUCAAGGCGUAUUCGAGACAUCACAUUGACGGAGCAUGUAAGUUGCUGGCUAGAUCUUCCACCGCCAAACCGCCAACCUUUACCUAUGCCGAAGGGCUGAAAGCUCUGCUUGAUAGACGAAUGUACGGUGAAAUUGCUCAAGAACCCGCAGAACGCAUAUAUAAGCGAAAUCUAUUAAAAGUGGCUGAAGGAAAGUAUCAAAUGGCUGGCGAUCCCCGGAUCAAAAUCUACCCUUACUUUAUACUAAACGCGAAUACUAUAAACCGGCUUAUAAAACAUCACCCGAUUCGUUGUCCAAUGCUCAGCAUCGUUGCGGCGCGAUCAGAAAUGCCUCCACCUGAUCGAGAAUUCUUAGCCAAAUUAGAAAAACUGUCCACCAAUUGUAUUACCAAAGUUGUAGACGGAAAUCACCACAUGCAUGCCAAUUGUCCCCAAAUUGUGGCGCCAUUAAUAUGUGAUUUUUUAAAACCAAAAAGUAAUCUGUAAUAUUUAUAUUAGGUAUACCUUUUUAAUAUAUGCAUUGUUUUUUUAUAUACCUUUAAGUUGAUUAAGGUAACAAAGACGUUCAACGUUUCGAAGUUAAGGGUCUAAGGUUUAAAUGUAUCAUUAAAACAACCAAAACCUCAAACACACUGAGGAUUAAAAAUGUUGUAUUUAAGAACUUCGUCAGUAUUCUGUUUUAUGGUAUACUCUUUUUGAUUUUACACUACCACUACACCUACGACGUGGUCUCUAAGCGAGGCUGCAAACGAAAGUUCGUGACGAAAUUUGGUAUAUCGAUUAACAUGGAAAUAACGAAUACAAAUAUAAUUUUUGAAAAUUCGAUUCACUUUUUUUACAUGUUUAAUUUUGAUUGUAUACCACAGGCAACAUAUACUUGUCUGUGAUAAAAAUAUAAUUGUAUUAUAUACUUAUCCAUUAAAUAGAUCUAAAUCUGUUGGUAAAUAUACCUAUGUUACUAGCCGACCAUACUUGGUCUAU